AUGAAGGGAAAUCAAAUUCCAACCAAGAAGGUUGAAAACGAGUGGGUUCCCAAAUCCGAAGACGAAUACGAUGCGGAUGAUGUCCGAAAGGUGCAAAAUAAUGCUAAAGCUAUUAACCUAUUAUAUUGUGCUAUAAAUGCUGAUGACUACAGAAAAAUAUCGUGUUGCACAACGGCAAAGGAAAUAUGGGAUAAGCUGGAAAUCACGUACGAAGGUACGGAUCAGGUAAGGGAAGCCAAAGUUGAUUUCCUAACCCAUGCAUAUGAACUGUUUCACAUGAAGGAAGGUGAAAAGGUUGAUGAAAUGUUUGAACGAUUUUCAAAUAUCGUAAACGACUUACAUGCUCUCAAGAAAACAUUCACGGAUAGAGAACUUGUCCGGAAAAUUCUUAGAAGUCUCACUCCGGCAUGGCGAUCAAAGGCCGACGCAAUUCAAGAAUCCAUUGGCGUCUCAAAUGUCACCAUCGACGCAUUAAGAGGUAACCUUAAGACUUAUGAAUCUACUAUACUUAACCCUCUUGUUGAUGAUCAAAGGAAGCAAAGAAUAGCUCUAACGGCAAGCACAAGCCAACCUCAAGUUGAUGAGGACGAAGAUAACGAGUUUGGACUCGUUAUUAAAAGGUUCAACAAGUUCAUGCGCAAAGAGUAUGAACGAAAAGGAAGGCGGCCAGACAAACCGCUAAAAUGUUAUGGAUGCGGAGAAUUAGGGCAUAUCAAACCAAACUGCCCAAAUGCCAAAAAGGAGAAGAAACCUUUUAAGAAGCAACGUGCUUACAUUUCUUGGGGAGGCGACUCCGGAGACGAGUCAAGCGAAGACGAAGCAGACGAAGCCGCAAAUCUUUGUCUUAUGGCACAAGAAGACAACAAAGAUGAGGUAUGUCAAAUCUCUUCUGAAAACUUCUUUACUCUUGAAGAAAUGCAAACUACUUUUGAUGAGUUAUAUACUGAAUUUAUUAAGGCUUCAAAAACUGUUAGGAGCAUAAAAGAAAAUGCUGCCUUAAAAGAAAAUGAUUUUCAAAAACAGCUUUCUUUGAAAGAAAAGGAUUUAGAAAAACUGCUUUUAGAAAAUGAGAAGCUGAAAGAGGAAAACAAGUUUUUCGGAAAAAGAAGCGCCGACAAGCCCGAAA